ACAUAUGUAAUGAGCACACUUUUAUUUCCUCUGUUAUCAGUACCUCACUCAGGCGAAAAGAAUAUUAUUAUAACUGUAUAUAUUAAUUAAUAAUCAAUGAAACGCCUGUCCGUGCCCCUUCUUUGAGUGUUAUUGCUAAAUAAAAUACAACUUUUUUUCUGAAAUUAUUAAGUCAUACAUGGUAAAGGUAGAAGUUUACGCACGAUGUGCAUAAAACUCUGGUGAGCAGAAAUAACGAUGACGUUUAAUCAGCCCAGAUUGCACUUUCAGUCGAAAUGUACCGUUUUCCGGUGCAUGGUCUGCCUGGCUUUCACGUCGCUGUGCUGGUAUUGUCACGGAGCAGACGCGUUUCAGAUACCUGAGUUUGUAGGGAAAACUUACAAAGCAAUUACGACAGGCGUGGCGACUGUCGGUUCCGCGGUUCCAGACCCUCAGGAUGCGCUCACUUUUGUUCCAAGGGUUCUUAUUGACACGAAGCACAAUAUUGACAAGAAAUUGCUCUCUCAAGAUUCCGAAGAUGUUCGCUUUCUUUUAUAUGAGGACAAACAAAAUCCGGAGAGUUUCACCGAGAUUAAAGUUGGAGAUCCCGAAUCACUCUUCGAAACUACUUUAUUCGACCAUAAGAAGCCUGUAAAAUUUUUGGUUCAUGGUUUUCAGCAAAAUUGGGAAAGUCGCUUCCCACAAAUUCUAAAAGAGGGUGAAAACAAACAAAACCUAUAUAUACAUACACAUACAUUUUUAAAAUAUAGAUGUGCACUAAAUGUCCGUGCGUGGCUCGAAUUCGCAGCAUAUUUGGAGCACACGGACUACAACGUGUUUGUCGUGGAUUGGGGAGGACUUGCGCGACCUCGAGCUGGUCAGCUCGCCUCCGUCCUUUACCCACUCGUGGUAGAAAACGUGCCGCGGGUGGGUGAGAAGGUGGCCGACUUCAUCGUCUAUCUACGCUCCAACGACUUUAUUUCCAACCUCAACCUCGUGCACUUGAUCGGCUUCAGUCUGGGGGCUCAUGUUUCGGCAAUAGCAGGGAAUUCGGUAAAGCGAAGGAUGGGAGGCUACAAAGUCGGCAGAAUUACAGGUUUGGACCCUGCUGGCCCAAAAUUUCUCACCGCUCACAGGGAACGACGUCUGGAUGUGGGUGACGCCACAUUUGUCGACGUUAUACAUACCAGUCAACUUGGCUACAUGACCCAAAUCGGACAUGCUGACUUUUUCCCUAACGGUGGAUUGAAGCAGCCCAACUGCGUCGACCCAGACUUUAACCUGGUGCAAACUAUUUCCUCUCUAGGGACUGCAAUUGCAGGAUCCUGCAGUCACACCAGAGCCGCAGAGUACUUUAACCGUUCGAUCACCGAGGAUAUUUACGCUUGCAAAUGCAAUAGUUGGGUCGACUAUAAGGUAUCCUGUCAAAACUCGUGUCAAACAAUUGUGAAAUUUGGAGAUCCCUGUCCCCACGGGGCUCGAGGGAGUUUCUAUUUCGACAUCAUGCCACAAUGAACAUAAACAUAUUCUCGCCUACUGAAAAUGUGAAACAUUUUUCAACGAAUAUAAUAAAACUCGAGUAUUUAAUACCGUCAGUAAAGUAG